CAAUUACAUCAGAUUAGAGGAUUAGAUUGUUCUCAUUGUAGUCUUCGGGUGCAAAAUAGUCAUUUUAAGUCGUGAAAAUUUUUUCAGAGAUGGACGGUGCCGGAAAAGUGAAGAAGGGUGCUGGAGGGAGGAAAGGCGGCGGUCCGAAGAAGAAACCGGUGUCCCGGUCCGUCAAGGCCGGUCUACAGUUCCCGGUCGGGAGGAUUGGCCGGUACUUGAAGAAGGGUCGCUAUGCUCAGCGAGUCGGAACCGGAGCUCCGGUUUACAUGGCCGCUGUGCUUGAAUACCUAGCUGCUGAAGUGUUGGAGUUGGCUGGAAAUGCUGCUCGUGACAACAAGAAGAACAGAAUCAUUCCGAGGCAUGUUCUAUUAGCAGUGAGGAACGACGAAGAGUUGGGAAAAUUGCUAGCUGGAGUGACGAUUGCACAUGGUGGAGUGUUACCCAACAUCAACCCAGUUCUGUUGCCAAAGAAGACUGGCAGUGCUGCAACCAAAGAACCCAAAUCUCCAUCAAAGGCCACAAAAUCUCCCAAGAAAGCUGCUUAGGGAAACUAUUUGGUUGUUUCCUCUAUUCCCUCUGUAUGUAAUUUUGGGUUUAGAACCUGCUUGUUUUGUUGCUUGCUGCCUAGGGAAAUUUGUGAGAAGAAGAAAAAUAGCAGUUGUAAUCGUUUUUAGUGUUUUUUAUAUUAGUGGCAUUAUCGAUUGGAUCAAUGGAUUGAAUCUCGCGUUGAUUAUUGAAAAAUUUCGUCUAGUUUGAGCA